AUGGCUGCUUUGGAAGGGUGCCUGCCUGGGAGUCCCAGGUAUUGCAGUGUGAGGCCAGCUUUGAACAAAUUUUCAUGUUCCACUGUCAUAUCCACAGUUCACCCCUGCUGCAGGAGCUCUUUUCUUGUGUAUCCUGCCUGGAUUGCUGAGCCCCUCGCCCCCCAGAGGUGCCCGUGGAUCAGCCACUGCGUCCCCUCCCCUGGCCCAGCAUGGAAGAGACUGGGACAAUCAGGAGGCACAGACAGCAACGUGCCUGUGCUGGCUAGAGGGGAGCAAGAUGGGUUUUAUUACCGUGGCACAGUAAAAGAGGAGAUAGAGGGUGAACGAGGCAUGUUCCUGGUAGAGUUUGGCAAACCACUUGUGUCACAUGGAAGGCAUCCAGUGAGUGUGCAAAAAACAGCACAGGAUGACAUCCUGGAAUAUGUGAAUGGGAUGAAGCACUCCUUGCUCCCUGGAGACAGAGUGCUGGCACCCUGGGAGCCAGACAGGGCCAGGUAUGGCCCAGGAACUGUCCUCAGGGGCAUUGAGACAAGGGAUCCCUUACGAGCCUCAGAAGAUGAAGAAAUUGUUGUCCAGUUCUGGAAUGACAAGCAAGUGAAACUCCCCUGUGGUGUGGCUCUGUGGAUCCCUCCUAGCCUGUGGGAGAGGAUUGUGGAGAUGAUCCACAUGCCCUUUACCAGCAGGGUGAAGCCCAGACCAAGCCAGGACACUAACUCUUGUAUUUUCCCCUGCAGUCCUAAGCCAGCCCUGAUUCCUGCUUGUGCUGUAUGUAGCCUUGCCAAGCACUGCUUGCUCUGCUCUCCCUGCUGGCCACAUUUCCACCAGCACUGUGCUGGUGGGAUCUGCUGUUCAUCAGCUUGGGUAAGGAGAAUCUGCUGCUGCCAUCCCUGUGCUGGUGCCUGGUGGCCUCUUCCCUCCAGGUCUCUGGUCUUUCAGGACAAAGCUGAAGAGGCAGAGUCCAGCAGUGAGCUCUCUCCAGGCCUUCUAGAACUGAAAGGCACAAAACAAGGAGAAGCUGCAGCUGUGGCAACAUCUUCUCCCUCUUCUGAUUCAGAGUGGGAUCUGAAGCCAUCCCUCACUAAGAGUACUGUGGGGGACAGUGCUGUUAACACAGGCUCCAGCUGUCUUGAAAAGCCCAGGCUAAAGGAUUCUGCAAGACCUGUGGGAAGUACUGGAAAAGAAGCCACCAAAAGUCCCAUUCCAGUAAUUCAGGACCUGGAAGUUGUAGCAGCACAUGUACAAAGGGCCAGCUGGAAUCCAAAGCCACAUCCCCUGGGGGCACAUCCAGUGUGGCCCCAGCUCAGCAGAGUGCAAUGUUUGAAAGCAUUGAGCAGACCCCCAGAGGGCAACUCACACUGAAAGAAAUCCUAAGAGACCAAGAUUUCAAGCCAUCAUUGAGGGAAGAAGGCUUUGCAGCAUCAGAAAAACAAAGAUAUAAAGCAGCAUCAGAUGAUAAAUGUAAAGUGACUUGUGUUGGAGAUGACAAACCUGAUGUUACAGACCCUGUCAGACCUCACUUGCAACAAAAUUGAGAGUCAGUUUUGUCUGGUCAGCCAGAAUUCAGUACAUGUACAACUGAUCAAGUUCAGGGGCUGAAAUUUCAGACUUAGGCUCUGUAUUGGCCCUGCAGGCAGUGAGCUCCCUGCUGUGUUAGGAUAACAGAUCCCAGAGGGGCACAAAGUGCUAUGGAAUUCUCAGACAUCAGUUCAGUAGCUGAGCUGCAGGGCUGUGCUCACAAGGAUGGGCUGGCAGAGGCUGGCUCCCAGUCUGAGCAGCAGAGCAGUGACACCUGCCAGAGCCAGCACGAGAACACUGACCUGUGCAUCUGGGCACCGAACCUCUCCAUUUCUGCUCAUCCCAAACAAAGAACUGAACCCAUGCUCCCUACCCAGUAGCAACUUCCCAAAUCCAGUUUGACCUGGUUUUGUCUGGGAUCAAGGAAGUUUUCCUCCUAGUAACUGGCACAGUGCUGUGUUUUGGAUUUAGUACGAGUAUAGUGUUGAUAACAAACUGAUGUUUUGGUUAUUGUGGAGUAGUGCUCACUCUAAGUCAAGGACUUUUCUCAUGCUCUGCCAGUGGGGAGGUGCACAAAAAGCUGUGAGUGAGCAGGGCUGUGACAACUGACCCAAACUAGCCAGAAGGAAAUUCCAUACCAUAGAAUGUCAUGGAUAUAAACAGGGAGAGUUGUCUGAGGGGCUGAGUGCUGUUUGGGGACUGGCUGGGCACUGGUCAGUGGGUGCUGAGCAACUGUAGCGUGCAUUACUUAUUCUUCUUGGGUUUUAUUUCUCUCUCCCUUUUCCACCACAAUUAUUACUGUUAUUAUCAUUGGUAUUGUCUUAUUUUACUUUGUUUCAAUUAAUAAACUGCUCUUGUCUCAACCCACGAGUUUUAUUUUCUCCAGACUCUCCUCCCCAUCCUGCCAGGGGAGGUGGGCACGGAGGCAGUGAGCUGUAUGGUACUUAGUUGCUGGUGGGAUUAAAUCACAACAGCAACACUGCUGGGGGGAGGAGGGUUUAAAUUCAAAACAAACUCAGGACACAAAGCAUCUCUUCAGUCAAGAUUCAAACUCUCCCUUACUUCCACCACCUGGAACAGGACAGCAGCCGGCAUGAGUGGCUCACGUUCCCCUGAGGACAACAAAAGGUUACCAUGUGUUCAGGCCGCCUCCCAGCAGAGAUACUUUGGUGCACUGGAAACGUUCCAUACCUCGUGACACAAUGUAUUUUGUGAUAUCACCCGACAUUUCUGUCCCUCUAACCAUACUGCCCUUCCACCGAGAAAUGGAGAAACCUCCUGCUAAAAUCUGUACUGGGCACAUCACGACCAUUCCCCUCUGGACGGGCCCGGGGGUAGCC